GCAGUAAAUCUCCCGCCGAAAUAGUCAGUUAUAGCGUGGCGUAGAUGAUGGUUGGUCGUGCCCUUUGAAGAAGACCUUGUGAUUUAUCGGUCUAAUGAACUGAAGAACUUCUCAAGAUAAUCCAUUAUCAUCGUUUAAACAUUUUGGUAUGUAAAUAUGGAUCAAGAUAAUAAUUUCGUGACAUGUUCUAUUAUAAUAGAAUGGACCAACGCGCAAGGCUCGAUACAAAAGAAAGUCAAUCACCGAUCGGCAAGUUUACGCUUGAUCCGAAAUAAUUUCCGCGAAAUGUUUGUUGAAGUACGGGCAGAGAAGGGGAACGGAUUGACGAAACUCCCGUUAAAAUCUAUAUCUGUUUUUAACAAAUUCAUGUCCCAAGGGAAAGCUUCUAUUAAAUUUAAAGAAGAUAACUGUACCUUAUUUUUAUCGAAUGCGCCACCGGCGCAACUAAUCAACUUUUUGAAAACGUUAUACAUUAAGAUCACGAAUCAUUCCGAUCAACCGGCGAAAAAUCUGUUGAAAGAGAAAUUACUUUCGAAUAAAUCACUGGGAGGGCUUCAGGAAAUCAGUCCUGCGACUAGUACCGAAAUAAAUAAGGCCAAAGAAAAGGCCAUCAGUGUGUCCCGAGCAACGAUCACCACACCGUCCCCUGGCACCGUGAAAAAAAGAAAACGUGUAGAUGAAAAUGUACUGAAAUCCGUUACUUCAAAGAAACUUUACGAAAAUCCAACUACCGGACAAAUUACGGAGGAACAAACCAGAAUUUUAGACGCCGUACUUAGUGGGAAGAAUCUGUUUUUUACUGGCAGUGCGGGAACCGGAAAAUCGUUUUUGUUGAAGAAGAUUAUUGCGGCGUUACCUCCCGAUGUUACAAUGGCAACGGCAAGUACAGGAGUGGCUGCUUGUCAUAUAGGAGGAAUUACUUUACACCAGUUUGCUGGAAUUGGACUGGGAACUGCAAAUUUAGAGAGAUGCUUUCAAAUGGCUUCUCGAAAUUGCCUAACUUUAUGGAGGAAAACAAAACAUUUGAUUAUCGACGAAAUUUCCAUGGUGGAUGCCGAUUAUUUUGAUAAGAUUGAAGCUGUUGCUAGACAUAUUCGUAGAAAUGAAAGACCAUUUGGUGGAAUACAGUUAAUCUUGUGUGGAGAUUUUUUUCAAUUACCUCCUGUAGCUAGCAGAGAUAAGAAAGCAAAAUUUUGUUUUCAAAGCAGUGGAUGGGAAAAAUGUGUACACUUUAAUUUUGAAUUACAAACAGUUCAUAGGCAAAAGGAUCCAGAGUUUAUCAAAAUCUUAAACAAUAUAAGAAUAGGUAGAGUUACAGAUAACAUUGCAGAAACUCUUAAAGCAACAGCCAAACAAAAAAUAGAGAACGAUGGAAUUUUAGCAACAAGACUCUGUUCUCAUGUGAAAGAAGCUGAAGAAAUUAAUGAAUUUCAAUUAAAUGAAUUAAAGAGUGAAUCCAAAACGUAUGUAGCUCAGGACUCUGAUGACUCUAUGACAUCUGUAUUAAAUCAACAAUUAACUGUUCCCGGCAAACUUGUAUUAAAAGUAGGUGCUCAGGUAAUGCUGUUGAAAAAUAUAAAUGUAUCUGAUGGUCUAGUAAAUGGAGCAAGAGGUGUAGUAAUUAAGUUUAUAGACAAUGUACCGGUAGUUCAAUUUAAGUCAGGUGUUCAAUAUCAUGCGAAGUUAGAGAAAUGGAAUGUAAGAACAAACACAGGUCUCAUUGUUCAGAGAAAACAAGUCCCUCUGAAAUUAGCCUGGGCCUUUUCUAUUCAUAAAAGUCAAGGAUUGACUUUAGAUUGCGUUGAAAUGUGUCUAGCGAGAGUUUUUGAUGCUGGUCAAUCAUACGUAGCAUUGUCUAGGGCACAAAGUUUACAAUCCUUGAGAGUUUUAGACUUUAAUAGUCAACAGGUAUGGGCCCAUUCGGAUGUACUUAUAUUCUACAAGAAAUUUAGAAGAAAUUUACAAGAGAUAGAAAUGAUUCCCCUAGGGAAGAAACCAAGAAACCGAUAACACACUGAUGCACAAAAAACAGUAUACAAUUAGAACUUAAAAGUGUUGCUAUAAAAGAAUUAUGUAGAGCAUUAUAUUUUAGACAUAUAUAAAUAUAUUUAUUUACAUGACGUAGAUAUAUAUCGAAAAAGAGAAACUUCUUUCGUAAUCUGUUUAAAAAAUUAAAGUUAAAAGUUGUUAAAUUUUUACGUAUACGAUUAUCAUAACAAAAUCUAGACACUUGAUUACAACAAGGCAUAGGUACAUUUAUUUUUCGCUUUUUUACAAAUAUUACAAAUCGCCGCGAUUGCUUACCGUACGCAUGCUAACAAUCGUCAACAGUUAUUUCUAUUGACGGUAUGUAACGCCACGUAUGUCCGGCAUUUAUUAACUCGGAACAAAGUAUCGGUGUAUUUGGAGCUGAAUCUAUACUACUGCAUUGAAUAUCUAUUUUGUACUGUCCGGCUGUAAAGAACACUACGCGACAUUCAUGAUAAACUCUUCCAUAUUCCUGCAACUAAAAAACAACUCGUAUAUUACAAAAAAAUAGAACAUUUACCAUAAUACAUAUUCAAUGGAGAAAGUAACUCACAGCUGGAAGCAUAACUUUGUUCGCGCCAGCGAUGGAUAGCCUCGUCUCUAGCUGAUAAUUAUUCACCCCGUUAUGAUGAUCUUGAUAAAAGUUUAUAGAUAAUAUAAGGUCGCUCAGAGGGUGCUCUAGAGCAUUGCAUAUCCCUAUGCCGACAUUAACGCAUUCACCCAAACUACACGUGAGUUCAUCCUGUGCUUUUACGACUGCAUCAUUUAUUUUUAUUUCUAAAAGUCAUGCGUUGUAAGCGUUAAUCUAAUUUAAUAACAAACCAGUAUUCAAAGACAUACCCCACUGUAAAGGACUCAUCCUAACGAGAUCUAACAUGUCUUGAGUAAGUGUAAUCCCAGAUAGGGACGCCUUUCCGACCGAUUCUGUACCCAACAGUUGCCACCGUAAGUCGACCAACGAGGCAAUAUGUUCGGAACACACUUUUUGUAAUUCUCCAACAUCUCCGGCCCCGUUUAACUGUGAUUAUAAAAUAAAAACAUAGAACCAUAUAAACUUAAACUACCAAACGCAGAAAAAAUAUUUAUUACCAUGGACAAUUUAUUUAAUGGACAACGAUCAACUGGCACGGGAAUUCUACACGGCUCUUUGCCCUCCAUAUAUAUACAUUUCGUUUGCGUGUAGUAUAAUUCCAUUUCGUGGUUGGUCAUAUUUAUUAAGUCUAAUACGAGGUAAAAUUGCGACGGCCUGAAAACAUAUUUUAUAAACCUCCGCGUGCUUGAAACGUUACUUCGACGUUAUCACUUACGUUUCUGCUGGAAGCACGUCCCAAUUUGUAAUUUGCACGCUAGGUAACAUUUCUAUGGUUACAAAGACUGAUGAAGUGCGACAAUAACCAGCUGUUAGACCGGCGCCGCCGGAAUACUUUAUUUUCAACUGACCCUCGAUAACGUUCGAAGCGUGUAACGGCACAGCGAGUUUCGAUAAACGAGAACUUGCCAAAGAGGAAUGACCAGAAUGAGAACUGAAUCCUGAUCUGAACGAGGAAGUUAACUCUGAUUGUCUUUUCGUAUGCGACGGAGAACUUAAUCUAGAUGGUAAAGAGCUAUGUCCGGAAUGAGACAUUAAACUGCUCGGUUGACUGAGAUAUGUACUGCUAGUAAUAUCUAAAGGAUAUACACACAUACAU